AUGCGCUUCUGGUCCAGUGAGGCAGGGGAGGAAGAACAGCUGCCCAGUGGGUCGGAGGACGAGGAGGACCAGGGGAGCAGUGGGAUCCUCCAGGUGGAGGCCCUCUCUGGCAGCCCUGAUGUCUCCUGUGCAUUCUCAGAGUCUGGGGAAGGAUCCACUGCGGGACCGAGCAGGAGCGGGGGACCCUCUAGUCCUGCGGCAGCGGCAGCACCCUCAACCACCCAAGCCCAAAGCCGGCGAGUCCGGCAGUGGGACCAACUGCUUCAGCGGCAUGUGCAGACCAUCGAGUGCAUUGAGGUGGCCAUCACCCGGCGGGUGGAGGCAGACGUUGAGUGGUGCCAGCAGGCCUGGGGCCACUUCCAGGCCCAAUGUGAGCGAGUGGCAGAUGCAAUCACUGCUCUCACCUCUCACAUUGGGCAUGCCGUGCACUACAGCAUGGCAGUGCCCCAUCCACCCGCCAUCCCUCCCAUAGCAAUGCCCGUGUCCCCUCCUCCUCCUCCUCCUCCUCCUCCUGCCCCUCCUGCUCCCGCCCCUCCUGCUCCCGCAAUGCCCCCUGCUCCUCCUGAUCCCGCAAUGCCCCCUCCUUCUCCUACCCACCUCUCCGUGCUACUUGCCCCAACGUGGCCUGAUCCCCUUGUCCAAGUCCGCCUCUGCAGAGGCAGUCGCAGGGGCCACCCCUCCCAGCAGUAGCUUCCCCCUCCCAGGUGAGAGCCUCCUCCCCCCUCCCACACUACAUCCCCCCCAUCCAUUGUAAAUAUAAAGUUUGAAAUGUU